UGUUUUUUUUUUUUUAUAUAAGGUAAAAGUUAAUAAAACAUAAAAGUUGGCCGUUUCGUGUCUUUGUAGCCAAGUCGAAAGGAUUGAAUUAAGUAGCUUACUAAUAAUGGCUUCAACUAUUAUAUAAGGGUCAUGCGCUUUUAAAUCCCGUAGAAUACCGGGUCGGGUACCUUUUUUUUUAAUCUAAUUGAAUAGUGAGUCUUCACUAGGAAGUUUGCUACCAUCCCUCUGUCAAUAUUUUUACAUUGAAACAUUUUUAUUUUUCCUAAAUAAAUUAUUUACUUAUGUAAAUAGCAUUAUUGCAUUAUUUUUGUGUUCUUGAUAAUAACUGUAUAUUAACCCAAUAAUGGACGUUGAUCAAGAAGAGACGACAUCACAAGAAGACAUCAGAAAACAACAAAUAUUGAUACAAAAUAAAGAAAAAAAGAUAAAAUUCAUACGAAUCCUGACCGUAAUUGCCUACUUGGUGUCUGUGUCUACAGUGGCAACCAUGUUGUCCGCGUAUUACAUAUUCAUCUGGAAUCCACAUACUGGUAAUUUCACGCAAACGCCUAAUGCUGAAAGGAUAGUAAUGGCCUUACAAAGAGCCAGUGGCGAGUAUGCUUUCGUCAACGCUGCUGAUCAUGAGUACUCGGGCAAUAGGAAAUUUGUAUCUGAAUUGUUAAAUAGCCAGAAGACCAACGGCCAUACCAAAAGUUCAAUAAGGUCAAUUCUGUUUCAAACAUCAACAAUCAAAUCUUCAACGUCCCAUAUGCAAACUACAAUUGGCAACGUUUCAGGGCCGUUCAAUAUAACUAACAACACAUAAUGUUUAACUAUAAUAUGUCAUUGUCACAUACUCAUAUAUCAAAGUCAAAUUUUAAAUCAUAUUAUGAAUGUUUGGUAGGAAAAUCAUGGUAUGUGGUUAUAUCUCAUAGGUACAAAGUUAGAAAACAUAAGUUAAAAUAUAAGUAUCAGCGUUACAAAAAUGCCUUUCUGUAACUACGUUACAAUCAUAUUAUAGUUACGUUUUGGGUAAAUAUUUUUAUAAAACUUUUAAAUAACCUAAUAUGGAUCAGUAUUGAUUUAUAUUUUCUUAUGGAUAGAAUCUACAGACUUUAAAUUCGAAAUAAAUAAAGAAAAGUAUCAUAGUUUAAAAUAAUGAAUAUGUGUUUAAUUUUGAAUAAUACAAUACGUUUGCUAUGUAUUGUGCUCUAAGAGUUGACUUUUAUUUGGUGAGCGAAUUAAAUUCAAAAUAAGUUGAGAGCAAUAUUAUAAUAAAAUAAUCAUGGGCGUAGCUAAGAUUUGAAUCAAGGUGGACAAAAAUAUAAAGCGAUUAGUAUUAAACUCGUAAUUCAAAUAAUCUACAGAUAGAUCAUUGAAUAACACAUAAAACAUCAAAACGAUUACAUGUGUAGAUAACAAUCGGUCCCACUAAAUUAUUUUUAGUCAUACCUUAUUUAAUUUUUGAUUUUAAUUUAAAACUUACACGUUUGGUAUAAAAAAAUAGAAUUAAGUUUUAGGCACCACUCUCGCUGCGCCUAUGAAAAUAAUAUUGAUAUUUUUGUACGUAACUAUAAUUGUUAGUAUCAAAUAUUAUGUAAAGUAAAUUACAUGUCAAAACAAGGUAUGAUGUAAUAAUACCAUAUUUGGUUUUUAUGUGCAUUUAUCUAGUGCGUCAAUGAAAAAUAUACUGUACACGUUGUCCGUGGGAAAACUAUGAACCUUACCCAAUUUCUAAUUGUUUCGAAAUAUAUUGAAAACACGUAACGUAUAACAUAAAUCGAUAUCAGUAAAUAUAAAAGAUCUAGAGACAUUGUAUGAUUUAAAAUCGUCUGUGUAUUAAAUCAUUUAAAGAUUUUAUUUAAUCCUUUACAAAUUUGAUGUGCAAAUGUUAU